AUGGCUGCUAUCAUGGAGAACCAGAUCCUUGGGACGUCGACCGGAUUAUCCAACCGAUCUCAAUCGGAAGCUAAUCGACGAUCUCAUCGUAUCCUCGUCUUUCGUCUGCACCAACCACCGACGACUAUGGUGGUUUCUUCCAAUGUCUCCCCAUCUCUGUCCCCAUCUUCAUCCAAAUUUUCUCCUGUAAAAAUCUGUAAUCUCAACUACCUAUUUGCUCCCUCGUAUGCUUGGAAGAUUGAUUUGUUGGUCAAUCCCUUCAGGAAGUGGAAAUCAGCCAUAGAUAUAGUAGAAGCAAGCAGCAAGGACGCGUCUCUUUGA